CCCCCUGGGGGAGGCCCAGGCUCUGCCCUGGGGAGCGGGGGAGGCUGCCCUUUGCUGGGGUCUGAGGGUGGCCAGGCACCAGGCCAAGGCUGGUAGUCGGAGGCUCGUGCAGCUGGACUGUGGGGCCAGAUCUGAGGCUGGACGGGACAAGGCUCUGGGGAAAAGGAGGCUGAUAGUGCCCACCUAGGAGUUGGUGGGGUUCUUGCAGGAGGCCGGGGAGGGGGAGCCAGGGGGUGGGGUUGAGGUCCCAGGAGGAGGGUCUUUGGGGACCUCCUGUAUCCAAGCAUGGCCCCAGACCCCACACCAACCAAGGGCAGUGCCCCGGAGGAGUCAGUGGGACGCCUCAAGCCUGCCAAGCCAAGAGAAGCCCAGGUGUCUCUGGCCGCUGCAGCGGGACUCUGCAGGACUCUGCCACUGGGCGCUGUGCUCUUGGGCUCCACCAUCUGUCAUGGGCUCAGCCAGGCCUGACCCGGGAGCCUUACGAAGGGACAGAAAGUGGCAUUAGAGCCAGUGAAGAAAUGAAUGGUGCUGGGCUGGUGCUGCCUCUGUGCGCACAAAGCUAGUCAGGUUUCUGCUGGCUUUGGCGACUCGGGCUCCACAGAAACCACUCGGGAGAGCUGUUCUCAGUCAUGUGGGGCGGGGGGGCCGGGCCUCUCGGAUCCAGGCAGCACAAGGGGGCAAGCGCAGGCAAGGGCGUGGAGGGCUGCUGGCUUCCUGCGGUGCUUCCUAAAACACUUCGGCCUCUUCAAGUAUCUGACCAGACUGGCUCUUCUGGAUCCCAAGGCUUAGUUAGGCUGGGCAGUGCCCUGUGUCACCAGGUGAGCAUGACAAGAUUUGGGGCAGAGACCUGGUCAGGCCAGCUCUGGGGAGCAUGAGGCUUGGAGAGAUACAGACUCACAAACACCCACGUGGCAGAAUACAGGCCCCAGGUACCCCCACAGGUCCACCACUUCUCAGCUGUGCCCUUCCUCUGUGCCAGGACCCAGGAACCCUAUAUUCCAGUGUUGGGUGCAGGGGGCACCUCAGAACGGGCCAGGACCCAGAAGGCCCACCCCGACGUAUGGCAGCAGGGGCACUCCUCUUGCCUCUGCUCCAGCCCAGGCCUGCCUGAGCUCAGAGGUGGUGACACCUUUCUCAACCAUCCUCAUCCCCAAGAUGUCUGGCUGGGUCAGAAUGCAGUGGGGACAGCCCAGCUUCUGGCCCCAGGCCCUGCCUGGACCCAGCUGCUUCUUUAGGGCUGAAUCAGGCAGGGCCUUAGCUCAGGGUUGGGCCCUGACUUCUGGACCCUGGACCGUGCUGGGGUCUCCUCCGGGCUGUCCACACCUGCCGGGGGUCUCCCCGCCCAGAGGGGUUGGAGGUCAGGGUGAAGCGUCCUUCUCCCCCUCUUCUUGCAGAUCCACCAUCCCAGGGAUCUCAUCAUCCCUUCCCAGGGCCUGGUGGGCAGAGCAGACCCCACACACUCCAGCUGCAGGCUGGUACUCCCUGCCAGCAGCAAGGGCACGCAGGCCCUUCCCGGGCCCCUGAUGUGCACACCUGUGGGUGCCUCUGUGGAACGCCCCAGCCCCCACACAGGGAGAGCACGAGCACACACGCAUGCGCCACCACGCCUCCCCUGGUCCUGCCUGCCCUGGGCCAGCUUCUAGGUCAGGCCUGGGCACGACUUCCUGGGAGAACCGGCGGCAGGCGCUACGGGCUGGAUCCAGCCACUCGCGGUGUGCGGUGGCCAUGGCUUGGGGCGCGUGGGGCCGGUCCCAGGGGGGCCCUGUGGGGGCUCUAACCCUGACAGCUCUGGCUGAAGGGAUCCAGGCUGACCAGGGGCAGACCCCGGGUCGCUCUUCCCUUGGCCCUCAGCCGGAACACGGGCUUGAACCCGAGGUGGAAGCUGAGGGUGCAGCUGCCAUCCCCACGGCUGGCAGUGAGGCCUGCUCCCUGCCCGGCAGGCAAGAGCCGGCCCCUGAGGGGCCCUAUCAGGACCCCCAGAGUCCCUGGGAGGAGGGGGCCCUUGCCGACCUGGCGGUGUACACGGCUGCCUGCCUGGAAGAGGCUGGCUUUGCGGGGACCCAGGCAACUGCGCUCACGCUGUCCUCGGCUCUGGAGGCCCGGGGGAAGCGUCUGGAGGACCAGGUGUACGCCUUGGUGCGGGGCCUGCGGACACAGGUGCCCAGCCUGGCCGAAGGGAGGCCCCGGCGGGCGGCCCUCCGGGUGCUGAGCGCCCUGGCCCUGGACCAUGCUCGGGAGGUGGUGUGUGCGCUGCUGCCAAGCUCCCUGCCCCCGGACCGGUGCUCGUACCCCCAGCCAGCAGCUGAGCUGUGGCGCAGCCUGAGCCGGAAUCAGCACGUGAAUGGGCAGGUGCUGGUCCAGCUGCUGUGGGCACUGAAGGAUGAAGCCAGGCCCGAGCUGGAGGCCUUGGCGGCCACGCGGGCCCUUGGAGAGAUGCUGGCUGUGUCCGGUUGUGUGGGUGCCACGCGGGGCUUCUACCCACACCUCCUGCUCGUGCUGGUCACACAGCUCCACCGGCUGGCGCGGCGCGGGCACUCCCCUGACACCCCGAAGGUGCGGGCCCCAUGGCGCCGAGGGCCCCCGCACAGCCACGCCAGCUGCGCCGUGGAGGCCUUGAAGGCCUUGCUCACCGGGGACGGUGGCCGUAUGGUGGUCACGUGCAUGGAGCAGGCCGGAGGCUGGAGGAGGCUGGUGGGAGUCCACACCCACCUAGAAGGCGUCUUGCUGCUGGCCAGUGCCAUGGUAGCGCACGCGGACCACCACCUGCGGGGCCUGUUCGGGAGCUUGUUGCCGCGGCUGCGCAGCCCCGACGACACGCAGCGCCUCACGGCGAUGGCCUUCUUUACCGGGCUGCUGCAGAGCCGGCCCACAGCAAGGCUCUUGCGGGAGGAGGCCAUCCUGGAGCGGCUCCGGGCCUGGCAGGGCGACCCCGAGCCCACCGUGCGCUGGCUGGGCCUGCUGGGCCUCGGCCACCUCGCGCUGAACCGCGGGAAGGUG